GAACUAAGACUCUGUAUACUACUGAGAUCUGUGGGCUUUUAGGGGCCUUCUCCUACUCAGCAUCUGAAACUAUGAAGCGUAGAUAUGAAGACAGGUCAUCAAGUGUCAAAAGGACUGAGCAAGGAACCCAGGAAGCAGAAGGGCAUGUGAAAGGAGAAUCUUCAGUAAGGCCUCAGCCCAGUAAGGUGAUCAAGGCUAAGGACCAGCCAGAAAAUGAGAAUUCUUCUAUCUACUAUUCAUUUACCUCUUCUUUCUGUUGUUCUGCCUCACUAUCCAAAACUGAUAAUAAAGGGUGCCUCUACUACAUCCAGGUGAAAACCAUAAAAGGAGUGGCUGUUGCAUGGGGGACUGAGACUGGAAUGAAGGCAAUCCAGAGGGCACCUCGAAUUUAUGAGUUGAACCCUUCUGAAGAGAACAUACUAGAGUCUCCUCACCAAAGCUUACCCAGCAAAGUUCUCACUGCUGUGGAAAAAGGUGUGGAUGAGAUGAGUGAAGAAUAUAAAGGAGAAGAAGUACCAGGACCUUCAAGGCUUAUUGAUGAAAGAAGACGGAGAAAGAUCCCUGAUUGGAUGGUCACAACAGACAAUGGUUAUCGUUGUGUGGCCUGCUGCCGGGUAUUCCUCACCCUGGAGGCCCUCAGGAAACAUGCUAAAUCCGGGCCCAAUGAGGGAUUUAGUUGCCAUGUUUUUAAUAGGAAAGUCCAUGAAAGACAAAGAACCCAGAAAAUUUUGCUCCUAGGCAAAGAUAGACACUUAACCCAAAACCCCAAAGAACAAAGUAAGCUACAUGAAGGAAAAGGCCGAUGUGCACACACCUCCCAUGGUACUCAGAGCAUAGAUUUGCACCAUGACAAGGAUGCAGAAUGAGCUGGGGGUGACUCAGUGAUGGGGACUCUGGUUCUUCUGUCAAAAUACCCUACUCCAGUCACCCCAUUUUCAUUCCCAAGCCAACAACUCUUUGAAAUCCCCACAGGUCCAAGAGAACACCAGCUAUCGCAACUCCAGCUCUCAUUAAAAGGAGGUUAAAAAGUCACGAACAAGAAAGAAGACAAAUCCAGGAGCAGGACCAAUGAGAAUGGAC